UCCAUGUAGGUCACUAUUCCAGCUCAGUGUAGUGAUGAAAAGCUCAUUGGAAGUGUAAACAUGUUUUUAAACAUUUUGGGAUUAUCAUAGGAUAUUUGGGGAAAUUCUGUAGUUCUAUGAAAAAUUUGACAGUAAAGUAAGAAAAAAAGACAUGGACGACGAGGAUAAGCCGUCUAAAAUCACCGUCAUCGUCCGAUGUGUCGUCAUAGUAACCGCAGCAGUAGUAUGUAUCCUGGGCAACGGCAUGGUGUUAGGAACCCUAGUUUUUGUGAAAUACCCUAAAAUUCCGUUGUUUGUGGUCAUCGGCUGCUUAGCUCUUGCAGAUAUUUUGCGCAUGGUGUCGGAGGUACCAUUUUACGUCAUUCAGUGGACAGACAAUGGUGAUUUAGUCACCACAGAAUAUUGUAAAGUUAGUGUAUAUGUGAGCGAAGUCAGUAUAUUUGUGGCUGCCUUCGGUAUAGCCUUACUGAGUAUAACGCGCCUUCUGCUUCUGACUGACAGGGGGCACUCGAGGAAGUUCGUCAAUCGCACAUACGUAGUAUGCAUAGCACUUUGGAUUCUUACAUUUCUUGCAAAUAUUCCAAACAUUUUCUCAUCGAAAAAAGACGAACUGACUCAAAAUUGCGUAGAAGCAAAUUCGGACAUCGGGGUGAGUGAAGAGGUGAAACUAUGGCUCUAUGUUACCUUCUCGUUCUUUUUCCAGCUGUUGUUGAUAUUUUUAAUGUAUCUCCUUACAUACUUCUGGUCCAAAAAGUACUUCACCGAGAGUUACUCGAGGAAGGAACGCCGCUUGUCCAUGAUGGUCAAUAUCCUGAUCGUAACUUUUGCGUUGUUUAAGUUUCCCUUGAUCGUUGUGAAGCUGUAUGAGUUUUAUAAGAGCAGGAAGGUGAAGGAUUUGAUUGACAGAUUCAACAACGGUGAAGUGACUUACGAAGAAUUCGAAAAGCAUCACGACAUUCAAAGUUUUGUCAAAAUGGACGAAGUAACGAGAAUUACAGAAUGUGUGUCGCUUAUAGACUUGGCCAUUCGGCCGUUCAUCUAUUACAAACUCUCCUACUAUUUCAGUAACAGCUUUGAUAAGGUUAUCAAUUGUAACAAGUAUAACCAUAAUAAUAAUAUUAGGAUAGUAGCGCGCAGGCGUCGUAAUGACACUGAGAAUACAACGUGUACAACGGUUACUAUAGAUACUGCGCGAACACCGCUCAAUGACGACGUUAGCGAGGGCGGGAGUUCGGACAACGCUAGCAUUAAUAGAAGUCAAUUCGAAGGCAGCAUUACGGAGUAUCGCUUCGAUGGCAGCGUGUUAAACGACGAUCUUUAUGAUGGUAGGAGUUUCUGUGAUGAAAGACUAUACGACUUAGACACAGAAAAAAGGAAAUUCGGUGGUAGCUUUUGUGAAAAUGACGUCAGAGUACAAGAAACAGAUUUCUUGUGCGACGAUUUUGAAGAUGUUAGACAAGUCCAAAGUGCGCUAGUUUUAUGUAUGAAUAGACAAGGUGGGCCACAGAAUAGCCAGACUGUUUGUAGUUCCACCCAGAUUCCUAAUGACUUUCAAACAGAUUCGGGAUCCGCAACAACGGAGAAAGUUGUUUUCGAGUUUUGAAAAACAUCGAUGAAAUAGUAUUCAUUGCUAGAGAUAAUUGCAUACUGCAUUUAAUUUUAUAUGGAAGCAAGAUAUUUAUGCCAAAAAUCUUUCGUUUUCAGCUAGUUUUUUAUGGGCAUGUAGUUGUCAGCGGACGUAGUUUGUGUGGUAUGUAGGAAGUAGUAAAAAAGUUAGAUUGAUUUGGACUAUAGAUAGAGGUAGACAUGAUAAGACAAAAUAAUAGUGAAAACAAAUACCUGUCGGUUGAUUCAUUGUUCAGUUAUAAUUUAUAAUUCAUUAUUACUGCCUAUACCUCUGGUAUACCUUUGUAUAUUGUAAAUGUUUUAUUAAAGUUUUAGAAUUCACAGAAUUUAAAAUUUGAUGUAGUAUAGUUGGAUUUUACUUCCGUAAAUUCUAAAUCUUUAAUGUAAGACAAGGUUUUAAUGUGAGAUAUGGUUUUAUCAUUCAUCGAACUCAAUUGAUAUCUACAUGCAGUUUACCAUAUAAAUCAUAGUCUUAUCAAAAGGCACCCAGGGCACUUUUGGCUUAUAAAUUUUGAAGAGGGUGCUUGUGAGAUCAGCCCUACAGUAACUCAAACUUGCCUAAAACUUCAACUUGAUUUUUUAAAGAAAGAGUUGAAUUGGGGAUUUUAAUACUUUUGUCCCCAUCAUUAGAAAGGUACAAAACAUUCCUUAUAAUUGAAAAAAAAGAUGUGUAUCUUUGUAUCUUUUUAAGUCAAGGGAUGGUAGUCUCUUGUUUUGAGAUUUUAAAAAAAAUGUGAAGGCGCAUUUAUGAUAACACAUUAUGAUGUUUUUUUCCCUGAGGAUUUAAAUUGUAUAUAAAGAAAAAUGAACUUAAUUGAAUGAAGAGGACUCAGGUUGUUUUGAUUGAUCAAACCAUUUAAGAAAUCUAAGAAAUUCAACUCUUGUAAAAAAGAAGGAAUUUAUGGAUUUUCAAUGUUUUUAACUUAUUUUUUUACAGACAUGAAAUAUGCUGCUUUUGACAAGAUUGAAACUAUUUAUUUGCUUUGUUGAGUGUCUACGGGUAUUCAUUUAAAUUAACACAUAGUCAUCUGCCUAAUUUAAGUGUUUAAGGACAGUAGAUUGCUUUGUAUAUUUUUUGUUGUACAGGAUGGUUUAUCAAUGAAAAUGCAUUUAUCGGGUAACAAUUAUAUUGACAAUGUUAUUGAUUUAUUACUAUGAGUACAUAUUAAUUAUCUCCCAUAUUGUUUGUGGUGAGAGAGAGAGAGAGACAGAGAGAGAGAGAGAUUUGACUGACUUUGAAACUGUUUAAAUGCAACAUGUUAAAAGUUGUAUUCAUUACACAUGUAAAAUACAUGAAAAUAGUUUUCAGUUUUUGUGUAGAGGGCACUUGAGACAAAAGUGAAAAUUACUAGUAUAUACAUGUAUGUGAAAAAAUGCCAGUUUGCUUUAAAUUCAGAAAAUUACAUUUAUGGGCAUUUAAGUAAGGCCAUGUCAUGAUGGGCAUCAAAUUACCAUGGUUAUCAUGUUGUAAAUCUUGCAUUUACCUUUACCUAGUAAAUUCAAAAUUUACAACAUGAUAAAAUGAUCAUUUGCUUGAAUUUAUUAAAUGAUAAUCACUCUUCCCUUAGGAAAUCUGGAUUUUACCAGGUAUUUAGGUGAAGGCUUUUUCUCCCCUAAAGGUUUUGAAAAUGUCAAAAGUUUUCAGUUAAUAAAUUUGCAGUUGUUUUACUAAAAUUCAUAUCUAGUUGAGUUUUUUUUAAAAAGCAAUGCAAAGUAAAUCUUAUUUAGGAAUAUAUUCUUAUUUUGAAUAAAUUUCCCUGGAAAGUGAAAAAAAAAUCUGCCCUUUUUUCAAUAGGAAAUUAUACCUAUUUUGGUUGGAUACCAAAAAAUUCCUAGCAAAUCAGUGGUACCAAAGUGUUACUUGCUUAUCACGUGACAUUCACUUGUUUCUAUUUUGUAAAGUAUUUUUUCCCCAUUCCAUUAUGGGUACCAUUACAUUUUGAUUAAGACUGAAAUAUGGACAGGAUCACUCGCACAAUCGCCUGUAUUUUCUUUAAACUGCAUUUUACUCAGAUUUAUAAAGUUCAUCCAUGUUUAAACUAUUUGAAGCAUUUUCUAAAAGUUUUGAUAUCUGAAUUUUUAUAUAGCUCUUUGUGUCAUUUUUUUAAGGGAAAGAAACGAGGAAUGGGGUGUAAAAAAGUGCAUUUUUCCAAUUAAAAUAAAAAUGAAUUUCUAAAUGCUUUUGGAUUGUAAAUGCAUUAAUGCAUGUUUCAUUGUUAAAGUUUCACAUUACUCGAGACAUUAAUAAAUAACUUUGUAAAAUAACUACAUGGCAAUUAAACAUAAGAUUUUCAUACUUUUCUUAACACUUCGAUUUUUAAAGUCGGUUAUAGAAUAUUUGAACUCUGUAAAUAUGUUUAUGUCAUUAAUACUCUUCCCAAUCCUAAAUUUCCGGCCUAGGGGAUAAUCCCUGAACAAAAGCCAAAGUUGUUUUGAAGGUUGAUUUGUUAUGUACACACGCAUGCGUACUGAAGCUUUUUUUUUCUUUUCGUAUUCCAAAUUUCUGUGUUGAUGUUGAAUGAGGAAUUUGAAGACCACUGAUUAUUUUAUAAUGCUAUUUUUUAAAAAGAUAUUCUAGUGCUGAAUGUGCAUCAUAAAUAUAUGCUUUACCCGUGAAAAUUGGUGCCCCUUUUAAACUUCAGGUUCUUUUUCUGUGAAUAUUGUACAUAAUUAUGUAAUUAAGAAAUGUACUUUUUGUCCUAAUUGUGGCAAUGUUUCGUUAAUUUGUAUCGUAUUUGCUCAUCAUGCUCAUUGUUAUGAAUAAAUUAUUUGUUACCUUCA